AUGGCUCCCAUAGCCGUCUCACCCGAGCGGGAGCCUUUGCCAGAAACUCUGGCGGCUCUGACGGCCAAGUUUGACGACACCUUGCGCUUCUAUCUCAACGGAACCAAGGUCGUGCUAGAUGAUAUCGACCCUGAAAUCACAGUGUUGGAGUAUCUUCGAGGUAUUGGACUCACUGGCACCAAACUCGGUUGUGGAGAAGGUGGUUGCGGUGCCUGUACCAUCGUUGUCAGCCAAUAUAACCCUACCACAAAGCAAAUCUACCAUGCUAGUGUAAACGCCUGUCUAGCACCGCUGGUCAGUCUAGACGGCAAGCAUGUCAUCACCAUUGAAGGUAUUGGCAACACAAAACGCCCCCAUCCUACACAAGAGCGUGUCGCCAAGGGGAACGGCAGUCAGUGUGGCUUCUGUACCCCCGGUAUUGUCAUGAGUUUGUACGCUCUCCUCAGAAACAAUGAGACACCUACAGAGCAUGAGAUGGAAGAAGCCUUUGACGGCAAUCUAUGUCGAUGUACCGGAUACAGACCGAUUCUUGAUGCUGCCCAGACCUUCAGCGUCGAACAAGCCUUCCCUAACGGUCUACCCAAGACAGAUGGCGACUCUGGCUGUUGCAAACAGAAUGGAAACGGCGAUGCCCAAACCAACGGCAGUGGUGGAUGCUGCAAGAGUGACUCCAAUGGAGUAAACGGUACAAACGGAACUCACUCAGAAAAUGGUGUCACCAACGGUACCACCAACGGCACCGCCAACGGCACCGCCAACGGAUCAACCAAUGGAUUGAACGGACACUCUAAUGGAGCUACAAAGCCAGCGCCCCAGACAAAUGGCGGCGGAUGCUGCAUGCAAAACGGCAAUGGUCCACCUUCGGGAGGUUGCUGCAUGCAAAAGAAGGGCCUCGAUGACCAGCCCAUCAAGCGAUUCACCCCUCCUGGCUUCAUUGAGUACAACCCUGACACGGAGCUGAUCUUCCCUCCGGCGCUGAAGAAGCAGGAACUUCGGCCGUUGGCAUUUGGGAACAAGAGAAAGAUGUGGUACCGACCAACUACCUUGGAGCAGCUUUUACAAAUCAAAAGAGUCCACCCACAAGCCAAGAUUAUCGGCGGAAGCAGUGAAACUCAAAUCGAAAUCAAGUUUAAAGCUCUUCAGUACCCGGCAUCCGUUUUCGUUGGUGACAUUGCCGAGCUUCGGCAGUAUGAGUUCAAGGAUGAUCACGUCGAGGUGGGAGGCAACGUCAUUUUGACAGAUUUGGAGGGCAUCUGUGAGAAGGCUAUGAAGCAUUACGGCAAUGAACGUGGCCAGGUAUUUGACGGCAUCUUGAAACAGCUCAAAUUCUUCGCUGGAAGACAAAUUCGAAACGUGGGCACUCCAGCUGGCAAUCUUGUCACCGCAUCACCCAUUUCCGAUCUGAACCCUGCUCUGUGGGCAGCAGACGCCGUUCUCGUGACCAAAUCAGCAACCAAAGAGACUGAAAUUCCCAUGUCACAGUUCUUUACCGGUUACCGCCGAACAGCCCUUGCUCCGGAUGCCAUCAUUGCCUCCAUCAGAAUUCCCGUGACCGCCUCUAAGAAUGAAUUCUACCGUUCUUACAAGCAGGCUAAGCGCAAGGAUGACGAUAUCGCCAUCGUUACUGGAGCACUGCGUGUCAAACUGGAUGACCAAGGUAUUGUUACCGAGUGUAAUUUGAUCUACGGUGGGAUGGCUGCUACUACUGUUGGUGCCAAGACAGCAACAGCCUACAUCAUCGGCAAAAAGUUUGCGGAGUUGGAAACACUAGAAGGCGUCAUGAGUGCACUGGGCACCGACUUUGAUAUGCAAUUCAGUGUUCCUGGAGGCAUGGCAUCCUACCGCAAGGCUUUAGCUUUUGGUUUCUUCUAUCGAUUCUAUCACGACGUUUUGACAAUUCUUGAUGGCCAGAGCAAGCAUGUCGACAAGGAGGCUAUUGAUGAACUUGAACGAUCUCUUUCAAAGGGCACAAUUGACGAGAAGUCAACUGUCGCCUAUGAGCGAGAGGUUACUGGCAAGGCCAACCCCCAUCUGGCUGCCCUGAGACAAACCACAGGUGAAGCUCAGUACACAGAUGACAUUCCUGCCCUGGCAAACGAACUUCACGGCUGCUGGGUGUUAUCCACCAAGGCACACGCCAAGAUUAAGUCAAUAGAUUACUCAAAAGCUCUCGAUAUGCCUGGCGUUGUCGAUUAUAUUGACAGAAACGACAUGCCGUCUGCGGAGGCGAACAAGUUUGGCCCGCCGAACUUUGAUGAGGUAUUCUUUGCGGAAGGAGAAGUUCACACAGCUGGACAAGCCAUUGCCAUGAUUCUAGCAACGUCAGCAAAUAAAGCCGCAGAAGCCGCCAGAGCCGUCAAGGUAGAAUACGAAGAGCUGCCUGCCAUCUUAACCAUGGAAGAAGCUAUCGAGGCACAGAGCUUCCACCCUGUAUAUCGAGAAAUCAAAAAGGGUGACGCUGAAGCUGCCUUUAAGAAUUGCGACCACGUCUUCACGGGUACUGCUCGCAUGGGAGGACAGGAGCACUUCUAUCUCGAAACCAAUGCUUGUGUCGCUGUUCCCAAGCGUGAAGAUGGAGAGAUGGAACUCUUUGCUAGCACACAAAAUGCCAACGAAACCCAAAUAUUCGCAGCUCGGGUCUGUGAUGUCCCAGCAAACAGAAUCAAUGUCAGAGUCAAGAGGCUAGGAGGUGGUUUUGGUGGCAAGGAAUCUCGAUCAGUCAUUCUCAGUUCUGCUGUUGCUCUGGCUGCGAGCAAGACGGGACGGCCUGUCCGAUGCAUGCUCACCCGAGAAGAAGACAUGGUCACUAUGGGCCAGCGACAUCCAUUCCUUGCCUACUAUAAGGUGGGUGUAAACAAGGACGGAAAGAUCCAGGCCCUCGACUUGGACAUUUACAACAACGCUGGCUGGACGUUUGACUUGAGUACCGCAGUGGUCGAGCGCUCCAUGUCGCACUCUGACGGCUGUUACUACAUUCCCAACGUGUACGUGCGCGGCCGCAUCUGCAGGACAAACACUGUAUCAAACACUGCCUUCCGCGGCUUUGGUGGUCCACAGGGCAUGUUCAUCGCCGAGACGUAUAUGGAAGAGAUUGCAGACCGUCUAGGAAUGCCAGUCGAACAGCUCCGUGAAAUCAAUUUCUACGAACCACAUGGCAUCACGCACUUCAACCAAGUCAUUGAAGACUGGCAUGUUCCCCUCAUGUACAAGCAAGUCAAGGACGAGUCGGACUAUGAUCUUCGCAGGGCCGUCGUCUCCAAAUUCAACGACGACUACAAGUGGCGCAAGCGAGGUCUUUCCAUCAUACCCACGAAAUUCGGCAUCUCCUUCACGGCACUCUUCCUCAACCAGGCCGGCUCCCUGGUACACAUCUACCAUGACGGUUCCGUCCUGGUCGCUCACGGCGGCACGGAAAUGGGCCAAGGUCUGCACACAAAGAUCACCAUGAUUGUCGCACAAGCGCUGCAAGUACCCCUCGAAACGGUCUUCAUCUCAGAAACCGCCACCAACACCGUAGCAAAUGCCUCUGCCACAGCAGCCUCCGCCUCGUCCGACUUGAACGGCUACGCAGCCUUCAACGCCUGCGCACAGCUCAACGAGCGACUGGCGCCCUACCGAGCCAAACUCGGCGACAAGGCCAGCAUGAAGGACAUUGCACACGCCGCGUACAUGGACCGUGUCAACCUGUCCGCCCAGGGCUUUUACAAGACACCCGAGAUUGGGUACGUCUGGGGCGAGAACAAGGGCAAAAUGUUCUUCUACUUCACGCAGGGCGUCGCUGCGGCUGAAGUGGAAAUCGACACGCUUACGGGAACUUGGACCUGUCUCCGCGCCGAUAUCAAGAUGGACGUCGGUCAAUCCAUCAACCCGUCCAUUGACUACGGUCAAAUUCAGGGUGCCUUUGUCCAAGGAAUGGGUCUCUUCACCAUGGAGGAAUCACUCUGGCUGAGGGGUGGUCCCAUGGCAGGCAACCUAUUUACCAGAGGUCCUGGAGCGUACAAGAUCCCCGGAUUCAGAGACAUCCCGCAAGAAUUCAACGUUACCCUCCUUAAGGACGUGGAAUGGAAAGAGCUGCGCACCAUUCAACGAAGUAGAGGUGUCGGUGAACCACCCUUGUUCAUGGGUAGCGCUGUCUUCUUCGCCAUCAGAGAUGCGUUGAAGUCUGCGAGGUCCAAGGCUGGUGUGGAAGCUACGGUUGGCGCCGAUCACAGCGAGGGACUGUUGAGACUACAAAGCCCUGCGACACCAGAGAGGAUCAGACUGGCGUGUGAGGAUGAGAUCAUGCGAAAGGCAAGGGUACAGCCUAAAGAAGGGGAGAAGAGUUUUUUUGUGGUCAUCUAG